AUGUGCAAGUCUAACAUGAAUUGCCUGCUGGUUAGCUCUUUGGGGCAAUAUCUUUGGAGUUUCCGGAUGUGGCCCGGGAACAAGUUACACAUUUUGUCUGGCAAUCUGGUGGCGUCUUGGACCAAGCUUACAGAACUCAAUGCAUCAAAGAACUUGCUGAGUGGCCUACCAGACAAUUUUGGAAGUCUGUCAAAACUCAUCCGUCUGGAUCUUCAUCAAAACAAAAUUGCUUCAAUCCCACCGUCAAUAGAGGGAUGCUCUUCUCUUGCGGAAUUCUAUAUUGGGAACAACUCCUUGUCUACUUUACCUGAUGAAAUCAGGGCACUUGGUCGCUUAGCCACAUUAGAUCUCCACUCCAACCAGCUGAAGGAGUUUCCUGUUGAGGCUUGCAAGUUACAUCUUUCAGUUCUUGACCUUUCAAAUAAUUCAUUGAGUGGAUUGCCUCCAGAGAUUGGCAAGAUGAACAGUCUGCGGAAAAUUUUGCUUAAUGGGAAUCCAAUACGGACAAUUAGAAGCUCUUUGAUUUCUGGACCUACUCCUGCUUUAUUGAAGUUUCUACGCAGUAGACUUCCACAAAACGGAGAUUCUGAGUCUAGUACUUCAUCAAAGGAGGAUGUAGUUGCUUCUGCUGCGAGAAUGUCCCUUGGUUCAAAGGAUCUCUCUCUGGAAGGGCUGGGUUUAAGUGCUGUUCCGUCAAAAGUAUGGGAAUCAGGUGAAAUUGUAAAACUUGAUCUUUCCAGGAAUUCCAUUCAGGAACUGCCAGUAGAACUUUCCUCGUGUGUCUCUGUACAGACUUUGAUUCUAUCGAAAAACAAGAUUAAGGAGUGGCCGAGUUCAAUUUUGAAAGCACUCUCAAGCCUGACAUGCUUGAAGUUGGAUAACAAUAUACUUGGACCGAUCCCAGCAGAUGGAUUUCAAGCAGUGCCAAUGCUUCAAAUACUAGAUUUAAGUUGUAAUCCAUCAUCCUUAUCCAGGAACCCAGCAUUUUCCAGCUUACGGCAUUUGCAUGAGCUUUAUCUGAGACGUGUACAACUGGGGGAAAUUCCAUCUGAUAUAUUAAGCUUAAAGCAACUAAAGGUCCUACACUUGAGCCAGAAUUCGAUCGAAUCAAUUCCAGAGGAAUUUAAACAUUUUGUUCAGCUCACUGAGUUUGACUUAUCUGACAACAAUAUUUCUGUGCUUCCUCCAGAGCUGGGCUUGCUCGAACCAACUCUACAGGUGUUGAGGCUAGAUGGCAAUCCACUGAGAAGCAUCCGGAGGCCGAUUCUGGAGAGAGGAACUAAAGCUGUUCUCAGUUAUCUGAAGGACAAACUUCCGGCCCAGUAGCUGGUUGAGCCUUCCUCUGUUUUCUGGCAGGCCAGUUCCCCCUGGCACUCCCUUUCACCAUUUUACAUCUGUUGCUUGCUGAAACUGUUGUAACAGCUUGUAUCUUAACUGUCCUGUGAAGUGUGUGUGGUUGUUGUAUUCUGAGCCCAAAUUGAGAAUCGCUGGCGAGCGAUAAUGUUCCUGAUUGUGCAAUUACACAGUUUAUGUACUUAACUAUGUUGAAUUUUAAGAAUCUAGAGUAGUCUAUGAUAAACAAUUUGAGUUAUUGGAAUCAAUUCAUUCUUGACAUGUUAUCAGAGCUGUGACCAAGAGGUGUUCUGUUUGAAUUCCGAUGACAUCAUUUGUUUCUGUUAAGCACAUGGUGUCUGGACCUAUGCAAACUUCAAGCUCAUAUAAGGU